CCUGGAGCUGGGAGAGGAGCAAAAUGACGGAAGUUCCUCAGGGGUUUGAUUUCAGUUUCCUAAACGAGGAAGAAGCCCGGACGAUCCUCCGGGUGCUGGAGAGGAACGAGGAGCUCCAGAGGGCAGAGAAGGACAGGAUCCGCAAACUUCAGAAGACCAAGAGGGAUAUCAGAUGGCUUCAAGGAGUGACUGGUGAAUGGUUUGAAGAAAUUCAAAGAAAGAAGUUUUGCAAUGAGACAGAUGUUAGCCAGAUGUUAAAGCAGCCUCUUACCUAUAGGCUAAGGAAGGAGAUAGCACAACAUGAUUCUGUGGAAUUACAAGCAUCAAGAUCAAAAAACCUACUUAAUCAAAAACCAUCUGCCCCUUGUCGAAUGAGCUUCAGAUCAUCGUUUGCGUCCCUGUUCUCAUUCAGGAAAGCUGGGAGGGAGCCUUUAAAGCUUCAGUGGCUGAGACAGAAAGGAUAUGGCGGUGGUGGACGAUCUCCGGUGUCUGUGAGGGGAACAACAGAGGUAAGUAGGCAGAAAGCCAAAGUCCCCAAAGUCCUAGUCCCUCAGCCCAAAGACGGCUGGAAGGGGUCUGUUGGUGCCACAGAGACUCUAGCCAAGAUCCAAGGGCAUGAACUUGGCAGCCUGGUCGAAAUGGCACAGUAA